AUGGCAAUCAUAGGAGCAAGAGGGGGAGGAGCAGGGCGAGCAGCUGGAGCGGCAGAGGGACGGUCGGAGACACAGAGGGGGAGUCCCACUGGUGGCAACCCUGGUGAGGACACGGACGAAGGGGCGAGAGGAGGGGGAGGGGAAGGGGGAGGCGGAGGCGGAGGCGGAGGCGGAGGGGGGACGGUAACGCGCGGGUCGGACAUGCACCUGGCUGCGCGGAGCCUGGAGCAGGCCGUGCCGUUCGCGUUCCUGCUGCUCUUCGUGCAAGUCCGGCAGCACCUGAUUGGUGAGUGGGGAGUGAGGCAGCACCUGAUUGGUGAGUGGGGAGUGAGGCAGCACCUGAUUGGUGAGUGGGGAGUGAGGCAGCACCUGAUUGGUGAGUGGGGAGUGAGGCAGCACCUGAUUGGUGAGUGGGGAGUGAGGCAGCACCUGAUUGGUGAGUGGGGAGUGAGGCAGCACCUGAUUGGUGAGUGGGGAGUGAGGCAGCACCUGAUUGGCUUCUGCACCGUCGUGUGGCUGACAGCGACGCUCUUCAAGGCCAACGACUUCAUCCGCAAACAGGGCGCACUCAAGGCGGACCGCAAUCCGGUGCUGCUGGCACUGGCAGCUGUGCUGCUGCUUGCACACGUGGCAGUUGUUAAUUGGCUCUUCUGGCCCGAGCAGCUGUGGAGACCACUUCUGCUCAUACCGCCUGCUGAAGUGCCCCCUUUCUGGCAUGCUCUCUUCAUUAUAGUCACAAAUGACGUGCUGGUGCGCUUCAUGGCCAUGGCAGUGAAGUGUGGCAUCCUCGUUGCUCACCGCCGCAGCACGGGGAUGCACAAUCGCCACCAGGCGCAGGUCCUAACCCUAGUGGAGUACACGUCGCUCCUCUACCGGGCCUGGGUGCCGGCACCUGUGUGGUUCCAGUUCUUUCUCAACGACCAGGCAUACGGCCGCCUCACCGCCUCCCUCACUGCAGGGCUCUACCUCGCGUUCAAGCUCUCCACCUCGCUCGACAGGGUGCUCCUCUUUGUGUCCGCUGUUCGCCAAGCGGUUGGGAAAGGCGAGCAGUAUGGGACCGAGGCCACGCCUGACGAGGUGGCAGCAGCCGGCAACAUGUGUGCCAUCUGCCAGGAGCACAUGACAGGCCCUGUCACGCUGCGAUGCCGCCACGUGUUCUGCGACGAAUGUGUCUCUGAAUG